AAUAUCGAGCUCGCCAGUCGUCGUGUCCAUCCACAUCAAUCAUGUCGACAGAGGCGCCAUGCUACACCGUCGUAUUUGAAGACAGCUCAGAGUCUCCUUCAACACAGGAGCUACGGGCUUCUCUGGAGAAAGGUUCAGACGAAGACAAAAUCGACACGUUGCGUAGAAUCAUAGUUGCGACAAUCAAUGGAAACCCACAGCCAACGCUCUUGAUGCCAAUCAUACAAUAUGUCUUGCCCUCACGAAAUAAAGCGCUGAAGAAACUACUACACUUCUACUGGGAAGUUUGUCCAAAGUAUGAUGACAACGGCAAACUGAAGCAGGAAAUGAUUUUGGUCGUUAAUGCCAUCCGAAACGAUCUCCAACACCCGAACGAAUAUAUUCGUGGCGCGACGCUACGUUUCCUCCAGAAAAUCUCCAAAGACGCCGAACUACUCGAACCACUCGUACCCAUCUGUCGAUCGUGCCUAGAGCACCGACAUUCGUACGUCCGAAAAAAUGCUGUCUUCGCCGUGUACACUAUCUAUCGAGAAUUCGAAAACCUCAUCCCCGAUGCCCCCGAACUCAUGCAGACCUUCCUAGCUGCUGAAUCUGAUGCGACAUGCAAGCGUAAUGCUUUCGUCUUCUUGGCCCAGUGUGCGAUGCCCAAGGCUGUCGAAUGGAUGGUGAGCGUAUACGAUCAGAUCUCAGGCCUCGAUGAGUUGCUGCAGAUGAGCAUUAUCGAGGUCAUUCGUCUGGACUGUAAAAGUGAUUCGACUCAUAGGUCUCGGUAUAUUCGUUGUAUUUUUGAACUCUUGAACGCUUCAUCGCACGCCGUCAAAUAUGAAGCAGCCACGACACUUACUACCCUCACGCAAAACCCUGCCGCAGUUAAAGGCAAGGCAUAUCUUUUUACUUAUAUGUGCUCUGCUGCAUCCUGUUUCGUCAAUCUUGUGAUCAAGGAGUCGGACAACAACGUGAAACUCAUUGUUUUGGACCGCCUUGAUGUUUUACGGUCGAAACAUGGUCAUGUCUUGGAUGGUCUUAUCAUGGAUGUACUCCAAGUUUUGUCCAGUGCUGAUAUGGAAGUUCGUCGCAAAGCAAUGAGCAUCGUCUUGAGCAUGACAUCAAGUCGUAACGUUGAAGAGGUCGUUCUCUUCCUCAAGAAACAGCUUCAAAAGACCCAAGAACAGGAAUACGAAAAAGCCCCAGAGUACAGGCAGUUACUGGUCCAAUCUAUUCAUGUCAUGGCAAUUAGAUUCUCUGAAGUCGCCGCAAGUGUGGUCCACGCAUUAAUGGAGUUCUUGGGCGAUUCAAACAACCCAUCUGCUCUAGAUGUUGUUGCCUUCGUUCGCGAGGUUGUCGAAAAGUUCCCUAAUCUCCGCCAGACAAUUUGUGACAAGCUCGUUCAAACUCUCAGCGAGAUAAAAUCAGGCAAAGUUUUCCGCGGGGUCUUGUGGAUACUGGGAGAGUAUGUGGAGGGUCUCGCAGAUAUACAGAGCACGUUACAGGAGUUAAGGAAGGUCUUAGGAGAGAUACCAAUAUUGGCGUCGGAGCAGAGGUUGUUGGAUGAAGCCGGUGGUGAGGGCGAUGAUGACGAUGCAAAGAAGGAAGACAAACCAAAGGCGGAGAGCAGCGGACGUCCACGGGUACUCGCUGACGGUACAUACGCUACAGAAACCGCCUACACGAGUACUAGUACUGCCAGGUUGGAGGCCGUGAAAGCCGCGGCCAAGCCACCACUCAGAGCUUUGAUACUAGGGGGAGAUUUCUUCACGGGAGCUGUAUUGGCUGCCGCCCUGACAAAACUUGUUCUGAGAUUCGACGGGUUGACAAGCGACCGUACCAAGUCUAAUACACUCAGAGCCGAGGCUAUGUUGAUAAUGACCUCAACGAUUCGUGUGGGGCAAUCUAAAUUUGUCACAGUCCCGAUAGACGAAGACUCGAAUGAGCGUAUCCUCAGUUGCAUCCAGACGUUGAGUGAACUACAAGAGAAACCGGCCGUGCAGGAUAUUUUCUUGAAGGACACGAAGGCUGCAUAUUCGAAGAUGUUGGGUGCUCAAGAGAAAAAGGCAGCAGAAAAGAAAGAGGUCGAAACUACGAAGACAGCUGCUGUUCAAGUCGAUGAUCUUCUAACAUUCCGCCAAUUUUCUAGAAAGUCGGCAGAUGACCCUAUCGAUUAUGACGAAGACCUCGGAAGAGCGACUGGGGCUGGAGAAGUUCGCGAAGACUUUAUUUCUAAUCUUAGUCGAAUCUCACAGCUUACUGGUUUCUCCGACCCUAUAUAUGCAGAAGCAUAUGUCAAGAUGCACGGCUUCGAUAUACUACUUGAUGUCCUCCUGGUAAAUCAAACACCGAACACGCUGCAGAAUCUCUGCCUCGACUUUGCGACUUUGGGUGAUCUGAAACUAGUAGAGAGGCCAGCUGUUUACACGAUCGCUCCUCAUGGCUUCCAGAGCAUUAAAGCGACCAUUAAGGUAUCCUCUACGGAGACUGGCGUCAUCUUUGGGAGCAUCCUUUGGGAAGGUCCUGCUUUGGCUGAGUCCUGCGUUAUACUGAAUGAUAUCCACAUCGACAUCAUGGAUUACAUUAAACCAGCUUACUGCAACGAAGCUCAGUUCCGUAGCAUGUGGACAGAGUUUGAAUGGGAGAACAGGGUCAAUGUAUCCACAGUCAUGUCUGAUCCCCGGGAAUACCUCAAGCAUGUCAUGAAGUCGACGAAUAUGUCAUGUCUAACACCAGAGGGAGCAAUGUCUGGAGAUUGUGAUUUCUUGUCAGCUAACAUGUACGCGCGAAGCUUGUUCGGCGAGGAUGCUCUUGCGAACUUGAGCAUCGAGAAAACUGAGGCUGGAACAAUCAUUGGUCAUGUCCGUAUCCGUAGUAAGACUCAGGGUAUCGCACUAUCGCUAGGCGAUCGUAUUACAAUGGCUCAAAAGGAUAAUAAACCACCUGUCUAGACCACGAAGGGCUUUUAUUUUCUCUCAUACCUAUACAAUAUGGUUCCAGGACUACAUCCGAAAGUAUAUCAUCGUGUUAGGCUAUUACAAUCGAAACCCUGGUUGUAAUCUUGGACUCGUGGUAUCUAGAGGGGGGACCCUUGCAAACGACUUAAUACACGUUUCUUUGACCUGCGCCCCAAGUUCAUGUGUUAUAGCUUGUGAAAUAAAUCACGUCCCAUCAUGAUGUUGAUGCAACGAAUAAGCUGCACUAUACAGAAUGUAGGUUGAUCAUCAUGAUUGUGACUGAACUGUGUCUUUUCCAAGUCCCCGCUACUUCCAACCGCUAUUGAGUUACUCACACAGCGAGCAUAGGACGGAUACUCCACUGGCAGUGCCAUGAGUUGGAUCGACUUAUAGUUGUCUGCGUAGCAGGGGAUUAGGCUUGCUUUAAAAAAGUAUACAGCGGGUGUCCUGCCAGUGCAUCCCGAGAACAGAACUAUAUUGUGGUGCUCACUGCAGUAUAGCCCGAUCUAAGCUCCAUAGAAGUAUUGCGUAAGUUAAUGAUAUCAGCAUCUCACCGGUAUGAUAUGUCAACAAAGGAUGUUCUUGUGACAUCUUGCACUGGUUGGCAUUGACAAGGGUCCUAAACCAAAAUCAGUAUCACAGCUCACGACGUUUCUGACGUGGACCAUCUUGUCUCAGUCAUCAGUGUGGUCACAAUGGAAGGUUAUGAAGUAGCCCUUUUCGGUCGUGGAGCGCCUACCAAGGUUGAAAAAGAAAAGUUGUUACUUACCAUCUCCAACCAUCUCCGACCUAGUAUAAUAUGGACCUUUCAUACGAGUCUUUCAACGCCGAUACUGCUAGGAAUCUCCUAAUAGCGAAUUAUAUCAAUGUAUCGAGCAUUACAGUCUUGAUAUAUGAUUAUUGCAUCCAAUUUGGAGAUGAAUUCACAUACAUCUGCGCCAUGAAAUGGGGGAAAA